AUGGACUCUUCAGCACUCAACCGAUUCGAGCUUGUGAGUCGGUCUCGACUUCUGGGCUCAUCGAAGGAGCUGGAGGAAUGCGAGCCAUUAACCUGGUGGGAGUACUUCUUUGGACCCACUAGCAAAACGGCCGAGGAGACCGUCCGCAUCGUGGACGGCAAGACGGGCACUUCUCUCUUC